CGGGUGUUCGUGGUGGGAGUGGGAAUGACCAAGUUCAUGAAGCCUGGAUAUGAGAAUUCAAGAGACUAUCCUGACUUGGCAAAAGAAGCAGGCCAGAAGGCUUUAGCUGAUGCACAGAUCCCUUAUUCAGCAGUGGAACAGGCGUGUGUUGGCUACGUUUUUGGUGACUCUACCUGUGGGCAGAGGGCUAUCUAUCACAAUUUGGGAUUGACUGGAAUUCCUAUAAUCAACGUCAACAAUAACUGUUCUACUGGUUCUACUGCUUUGUUUGUGGCCCGACAGCUGAUUCAGGGUGGUAUGGCAGAUUGUAUCUUGGCUCUUGGGUUUGAGAAGAUGGAGAAGGGAUCCUUGGGAAUGAAAUUUGCAGAUAGGACCAAUCCAAUUGAUAAACAUCUUGAGGUCCUGAUCAAUAAGUAUGGAUUAUCUGCUGAACCAGUUACUCCUCAGAUGUUUGGGGGUGCUGGAAAAGAGCACAUGGAAAAAUAUGGAACAAAAGUUGAACACUUUGCAAAAAUUGGAUGGAAAAAUCAUAAGCAUUCAGUUAAUAACCCGUAUUCCCAGUUCCAAGAGGAAUACAGUUUAGAUGAAGUGAUGACAUCUCGAAAAGUUGUUGAUUUUUUGACUAUCUUACAGUGUUGUCCCACUUCAGAUGGUGCUGCAGCGGCAGUUUUGGCUAGUGAAGCAUUUGUAUGGAAGUAUGGCCUGAAAUCCAAAGCUGUGGAAAUAUUGGCACAGGAGAUGGUGACUGAUUUGCCAAGCUCAUUUGAAGAAAAAAGCGUUAUUAAAAUGGUUGGCUUUGAUAUGAGUAGAGAAGCUGCCAGAAAGUGCUAUGAGAAAUCUGGCCUGAGACCAAGUGAUAUUGAUGUAAUAGAACUUCACGAUUGCUUUUCUGUCAAUGAACUCCUUACUUAUGAAGCACUGGGACUCUGUCCAGAAGGACAAGGUGGAAAACUGGUUGACAGAGGAGAUAAUACUUAUGGAGGAAAGUGGGUCAUAAAUCCUAGUGGUGGAUUGAUUUCCAAGGGACACCCACUAGGAGCUACAGGUCUGGCUCAGUGUGCUGAACUCUGCUGGCAGCUGAGAGGGGAAGCCGGAAAGAGGCAAGUUCCUGGUGCAAAGGUUGCUCUGCAGCAUAAUUUAGGCCUUGGAGGAGCUGUAGUUGUCACGCUUUACAGGAUGGGUUUUCCUGAAGCUGCCAGUUCUUUUAGAACUCAUCAAAUUGAGGCUGCACCAACCAGCUCUGCAGUUGAUGGAUUUAAGGCAAAUCUUGUCUUUAAGGAGAUUGAGAAGAAGCUUGAAGAGGAAGGGGAACAAUUUGUGAAGAAAAUCGGUGGUAUUUUUGCCUUCAAGGUGAAGGAUGGCCCUGGUGGUAAAGAGGCCACCUGGGUGGUGGACGUGAAGAACGGCAAAGGUUCAGUGCUUCCUAACUCAGAUAAGAAGGCCGACUGCACAAUCACAAUGGCUGACUCAGACUUACUGGCUUUGAUGACGGGUAAAAUGAAUCCUCAGUCGGCCUUCUUUCAAGGCAAAUUGAAAAUCACUGGCAACAUGGGUCUGGCUAUGAAGUUACAAAAUCUUCAGCUUCAGCCGGAGAAAGCUAAGCUGUGAAGCACUCCCUUUGCCUACCUUUGAGAAUCAGGAUAUCCAUAUAUUUCCUUGUCAGAACUUCGACUGAAACUACACAUGGGCAAAUAGCGUCAGAUUUGUUUUUCAAUGGGUGUGACCAAUCCUAUUUUUCCUAAGCUCUGGUUGAUUGGAGCCUGAUGGUAUACUACUGCUUUGCUGAAUUGCAUACAACUGUGCAUUACAAAGUUAAUACAGUAAUUAUGGUUUGGGGUAAAAUUGAGUUUCAGAAUAAAAUUAGGAACAGCAAAAUCCAAAAACUAUGUAAACAAAAGCUCUCAUUUUGCUUAUAAAGUAUAUUUAAGGAUUAUUCUGCUGAAGAUUCGAUUUAAGUUUUCCUUGGGAGAACUAGGGAAGAAACAGAAAAACAGUAGCUGGCCAGUAAUUAGUGUUGUACACUUAAUGACCUUAAUCUAUUUUUCAUUAAGAGUUUUUAAAAUUCUGUACUGGGAUGUUUUUAAAAAAAAAAAAAAAAACUUUUAAAUUUUGCAUUUCAUGCCAUCAAAACAGUAUUUUCUUCCCAAAUCAAAAUAAAAGAAAUAUGAUCUAUAGCUGAACACAGGCCUAUUUUUAAAAUAAAAAUAUUUUUAAAUGGGUUUCCUUCUUGAAAAAUCAGUGUAUUAGAGUCAUAAAAUGCUGCUGUUAAAAAUAAUUGAACAAAUAAAAUUUGCUUUGAGAUGCACAGUUUUCAAAUUAUAAUCUCAUAUUAAUUUAAUUAAAUUUGUAAAGCCCUCAGUCCUUUGUUGUAAUUGUCCUUUUUCAUAUAAGUUUGGUUUAAUUAAUUUCCACAUUUAAUUUAUCUUUCUUCCUAGUUUCUCUAAUGCUAAUGUUUCUUAUAACCCAGCAAGAUAUGGCGUAAAAUAAUGCCUUUGGAAGAAUGUUUAAUAGAAAAUUAAAAUAGCUCUU